AAAUAAGCGACAGUGCCAUGUUAAAGCAACGCGUUUGCUAGCGUUACAUCGCAAGCAGAGUGUAAAGUGUUUAGGUUAUCGUAUGAAAAUGUGUAAGGUAGAAAUGCUGAGAGCAUUCCUUAAUCAGCGACUAAGCGCUGCCGUCGACGAAAUAGUUGUUGUGUUUGAAAGAACGAUAGCAGAGUACGAGGAGGAACUUUGUCGGACAAAAGAGGAAAACGAAAGACAACGUCAACUGCUGGAUACGUUUUUCAUGCCUCAAGUUGCGGUGCAGAGAGCGGAGGUGAAUGAAGAAAUCCUUCAUCCUGUGCAGCAGGAGUGGAGCUCCAGGGUGGAGCAACAGGAACCAGACCCCCCUUACAUUAAGGAGGAAGAGCAGGAAGAUGAUGUCACCAAUUUGCCAUUGACGGUUGCUCCCGUGAAGACUGAAUGUGAUGGAGAGAAAGGUCAGAGUGAGCUGAACAGGUGGACCGAGCCUCCAAGCAGCAGCUUAAGCCACAUGACAAGAGAAGAUGAUGGAGAGCACUGUGAAGCAUCACAACCAGAAAGCCUCUUGGCUCCUCUAUCAGACGACUACAUAAUGCCACAUUCGCCUGACACUGAUGAUGAAGAACACUUGAAAGGUGAUUCGACGUAUCACACUGGCAAGAAACACUGGAAAUGUUCCCAAUGUAACAAAACCUUUGGUGUCAAGAUAAAUCUGAAAAGACACAUGAUCAUUCACACAGGAGAGAAACCUUUCGCCUGCUCAGUUUGUGGUAAAAGGUUCACCCAGAAGGCACACUUGACAUCGCACUUCAGAACACACACUGGAGAGAAGCCUUUUGCCUGCUCCUUUUGCGGUAAAAGAUUCUCUCGAAGUGAAUGUUUGAUAACACACACAAGAACACACACUGGCGAGAAACCGUUUCGUUGCAAUGUGUGUGAUCAAAGAUUCUCUUAUAAGUAUAAGAUUAAGAAACACAAGUGUCCUGGUGAGAGGAGCAACACUAAAUGAAACAUUCAAAACUUUGACAUGCCAACACAUUUUGAAUGGUUGUGGUUAGCUGGAAAAGUGUGUUUGACUACCAAAAAUGCUACCUGGACACUUCACAACUAUCAUAAUUUAUUAUCAUUAUUAUUAUUUUGUAUUUGUACAUCACCAUAAUUAUUCUGAAAUAAAGAAAUCAAGAUGUAACCAAA